AUGAGCCGCCGACGCAAGCACGUCCGGAACCAGCUCGAGGAGCUGUGCCCGGAGCUGAACGACGGCGACGCCGUGUGCCGCGUCGUGGAACUCCGCGGCGGGAACCAGGUCCAGGUCGAGAAGCCGGACGCGUCCACGACGCUCAUACGCAUCCCGAGCAAGUUCAGCAAGGUGCUGUGGGUGCGGAAAGGGUCGCACGUCCUCGCGCACUUCGAGGAGGACGCGACGAGCGACGCGGCGAACGGGGGGGCGCGCGGAUCCAAGGUGACCGGCGAGCUGCUCCGAGUGCUCUACGCGGAGCAGAUCAAGGAGCUGCGGAGGGCGCGCCCGGAGGCGUGGCCGGAGCGGUUCGGGACGGGGAGGGGCGGCGGCGGCGGCGCUGACGACGACGACGGCGACGCGGGGGUGGACGACGCGGUCGGCGGCGUGAGGGCGAUGCGCUUCGGCGACGCGGCGGCGGAGGCGGAGGCGGAGGCGGAGGCGGAGGCGGAGGCGGAGGCGGAGGCGUCGGACGACGACGACGGACUGCCGCCGCUCGAGGCGAACACGAACCGUCGGAGGAUGCCGGAGUCGGACAGCUCGUCGGAAGAGGAGGAGGAAGUCGAGGAGGAGGAGGAAGACGACGACGAUUAG